ACGGUGCCAAAAUUAAUGCCAAUCAUAAUAAUGCUUCAUGUAUAAAAACACGCAUUGUUAUCGUUUUGCCUUUCGGUUCUGAAAUCUUUUUCGGUUUUUAAUUUUUGUCCCUUGUCAUUGCCAUUUAAAUCCAUAGUUAAUAUUACCUACAGUACGUUCCAUUUAUUGUUUUCUUAAUUAUUCAAAACUCGCAUCUGCCGAAGUGAAAUUAAGCCGUUUAUUGUCUCGACGACUGAGUGAGCCAGGAUGACCGAGGAAUCAAGUGCGGAGCCCACGACGUCUGCGAGUGAGCCUCAGGAAUCUACUGUUAAAGAACAGCUCGAAGAACGUCCCUUUUCCGAUAUUGCCAUCUGUUGUUUUUAUGUUGCCGUCUUCUGUUUGGUCGGCGUACCCAUUUGGUGGAAAACAACAACAGUAACUCGAGUUUCCGUGCCCUACGAUGAGAUCGACGUGCUGCGGACCUACGGCGAACUUCGGAUGCGUGACGCUCCCACAAAGGAAGUCAGUGGCGUGCAACCAGCGCUGCAGCAGAGAUGGGAUACCUUCUGGAACGUCCCUGCCUGCACGACCGUCGAUAUUGUUUUCACGCUGGUCAACCCCACUCCGGAGGCACUCACGGUGUCCUGGAACAUCCAGGAAGGACUGAAGAAGUAUCUGGAUCCAGCUUUGUCGUUGUUGCAUCCUCUGGCCAAUUUUUCGGUUUCCUCACAAAUCCUGCGUUUCAUGGAUGAACCAUUAAUCACAACACCCGGCGGUGCCAAUGGCGGCCAUUCUGUCUCGCUUCAGGAGGCUUCGAAGAUAAUCAACCACGUGGAAAGUCGUUUGGGUUCGUUUUCGUCCGAUCACCGCAUCAUCAACAUGAUCAUUUACAUUCCCACCGCUAAACAGCGACCACUGCGCCUGUUGGAUGCUAGUGGGACAGUUGUGGCCACUAAUUCGAUUAUCACUCCACGCUGGGGCGGCGUGAUGAUCUAUUCUCCUGAGACACUCACACCGGAAUUAUCCGUUAUGGAGGUGAACGUGCAGAGCGUGGCGGAAAUCUUCCUGACCCAACUUUUUGUUCACUGGGGACUAUUCAAAGCAGAUGCUCAGGAAGGCGCAAUUGAUUUUGCUAAGGAUUUGCCGGGUUUGUUUGAUAAACGAGCGCGUGUGAAUGUGGAUGACUCAAUCUCCACCCUGAAAUCACUGGCGCGUCUCCUGGACCAAAUGGGCAGCAUCGCCAUCAACGACAUUGUCGGCCGGAACAUCUACGAUGCAGUGCGUCAUAUCCAUGACGCACAGCAAGCCCUGUCGUCCGGAGACGAACGCGCUGGACUGCUCUCCAGUCGACGGGCUUGGGAAAAUUCAGAACGCGCCUUUUACGAUCCGUCCCUGCUUGAACAGCUGUACUUUCCCGACGAUCAGAAGUUCGCCAUUUAUGUGCCGCUCUUCCUGCCGGCCGCACUUCCGGUCAUCCUGUCCGUAACACAGAUUAGUAAAUGGGUGAGACGGAGACGGUCAGGAUUGAACAACGAUAUCGCUGCAUGAAUGGAAGGCUUGUAGGAUCCGCUGCUGGACUGACGUGGAUUGAGCCACUGUGAUAUUGUUUGUUGUACAAGCCUGCUUUGUUAAAGUAUGUUAUUUUGCAUGCUUUGCUUUCCCAUUUUCCUGAUUGUUUUUUCUUAUGUUCUUUAAUUUCUGGCACUAUUUGAUUUUAUAACUUGAAAGAACUGAUUCCGCAACUACUGAAUGCAGUGGGAGAAAAAAGGAAAAGAUGAA